AUGUCCGUACCCUUCCUCUCCUCCAUACGACACCGAAGGAUCGUCGCGAUAAUGGUUUUGUUUAGUUUUCUUGUAUUUGGUCUCUUUGCUCUGAUGGAAAGUGCAACUGCUGGUGCUGGCGUGGUUGUGAGUGGAAAGACGAAAGAGGCAAAGGAAAUGAAGGGAGUCAAGGUGGCAAAGGAGGCAAAGGUUCCGGAGAUGAAGGAAGCGAAAGAGGCGAAGGCCGUGGUGAAGGUCAAUGUUCCGGGCUUUUUUAUGCAGGACUUGGAGAGCACGAAUAGUGCUACUUUUGAUUAUGUUGCGAGCAAUUUCGGGCUACUUGAUACCUUUGAUGUCCCUUCCAUUGAUUCACGGGACUUGGAAAAAAGGGACCAUGACGAUGAUGACGAUAAUGACGAUGAUGACGAUAAUGACGAUGAUGACGAUAAUGACGAUAAUAACGAUGAUAAGGAUGAGGACGACGACGACGAUAAGGAUAAGGAUGAUGCCGAUGACGAGGAAGAGGAAUCUACGAAGAAGGCGCCAUGGAAAGAGUUUAAGAAAGCUAUUAAAAAGUUGAAUAAGAAAGCUCCAAAGGGUACAGCCUAUAAGGUUUUGUACCUGGCGAGACAUGGACAGGGUUAUCAUAAUGUUGCAGGUAAUCGUUUUACGGCACAGAACAAUGGGACGCACUGCUACUGGUCACUCCAGGACGGAAAUGAAACUAGUAGAUGGGACGACGCAGAACUCACGAAUAUUGGGAUUGCAGAGGCCCAGAAGGCAAGCAUUGCGUUCAAAGACCAGAUCAAAGCCGGGUUUCCUAUCCCCGAGAUUUACUAUUCUUCUCCCAUGAGUCGUGCGGCUAGUACCCUCGAUAUCACCUGGAGAGACAUAAUACUCAACAAAGAUAGCACUCCCGCUCCCAUCUUCAAAGAGAAAUGCCGUGAAACACUUGGAAUCCACACCUGUGACCGCCGUAACACAAAGAGCUAUCUUCACACCAAAUAUCCCAAGUUCGUGUUUGAGAACGGAUUCGCCGAGACCGAUGAACUCUGGGACCCGGUCUAUAGGGAGCCCAAUGAUGUACGAAAUAUCCGUUUGGGCAAGGCACUGGACGAGAUCUUUGCAGAGAGAAGGGAGGAGACGUUUAUCAGCAUUACUGCGCAUGGUGGUGCUAUUACCAGUAUUCUGGAGGUGAUCGGACAUAGAAAGUUCGGAUUGCAAACUGGAGGUGUUAUUCCUGUUGUUGUGAAGGUCGAGUACGAUGCUACUCCGACGCCUACCACGAGUCUGGGCCCUUCAGGGACUGCACCGGCUUGUGCCGUGGACCCUACCACAACGUCAUUGACUUUGAAUUAG